UUUGUUUUCUGGUUUUUUUCUGCUCUUCAAGACCUGGACGCUUUUUUUACCGUAAUAGCGCGAAGCCUACAAGCUUUUCUACAGGCUUUACCCUCACGAAGGCCUUACGCCACCUUACGCACGCACGCAAAUCUACGCUCCCUCAGUCAGAGCAAAUCAAAUCGAGAAUCGUCGAACGAACUCAACCAAGAUGAUCCCAUUUAUCCCGACCGUUGCACUUGCUUUCGUCUCGUUCAUAACUUCAGCUUUCGUUGUUCUUCGUAUAGUAAUUCCGAUUUUACCUCCUCAUCCUUUGAGCAGACGAGUCCGUCCGUCUGAGUUUGGGCUCCCUAACUACAACUUCCGAUCAUUAUCUACAGCUGACAAGAGCCACCUUUGGCUUGCCUCACUCGAUUUCUUGGCAUUAUGCGUGUUCGUCUGGCAAGCCACCACGGAGUACUUCGAUGGUCCUGUUGACGUUGUCGAGGCUCGCGACGCGGCGUCAUCUGCUAGGCUUUGGUUCGCCUUGACAAUUAGGCAGAGCUGUCUUCUAGUGGUGUCUGGACUGACACUCCUACAUAUUAGAAUGGGUCGUUCUGUAUCCUUUGGGGCCAGGCAGUGGAUGAUUUGGGCGCCUACGCUGCUCCUCGGUGUCACAUCCACAGCGCUUGCCGCUGUUCUUUCGGGAGCUGGUGUUCCCAGUUUAUUCAUUGGCCUUGUCGCAUACUCGGGAACCACAGCAGUUCUCAGCACUGCUGCCUUCGGUGGACUGGUCUACACAUUGGUAGCUAUUCGCCGCAACCUUGCCGCCCUCCAUGAGCCGGCCGACAGCUGGCCCCCAGCAAAAGAGGUCGAGGAAAAACCCCGUCACUCAUUUGCCACCGAAGACGUCGACAUUCUUCGGGAAGGAAGUUCUUGGCUGACUUCAGAUGCUGGUUCUCAUCGUGACGAGGUCGCGUCUAACUGGUCUUUUUCUACUUACCAUACGCAUCACGGGCGAUUCAACCCUACAGGAUCUCAACAAACUUUGGCCCCUAGGUCGUCUUAUUGGUUCAGUGCUCCUUCGCCUCAAGACCCCUCGAUUCCACCAGUUCCCCCUCUCCCGUCGCCUUAUCGUCCUAGCACUUCGCCCACUUUUGUCAUCAGCGAAGAUCCUGACCCGUUCCGUCGCGACGUUCCUAGCCGCCCUCGUCUCGGCUCACAGAGUUCCUGGUUGACUUCGUCCGCAGGAACGCACCCAACAAUAUCGGCAUGGUCAUUCCCCGCUACGCCCCAUGGUGAAAGCGUGGUUGACGUUCGCGCCGGUUUGCUUCCUGCCGCACCGGGAUCUCGGCCAGCUACUCCUGCUGCAUUGUCAACUGCUCAGGUGUUGGGAGGGUAUGGGUACACGGCCGACUCUGAGAAAGGAAUCGAGUCCCUCGCUACGAAAGGAAGUGGGGUCGACAUCUCAUACUCAAGAUACGUAUUCUGGCUUCUUUCCAUUUGGGUGCCCACGGCCUUAUCUCUUCCUUACUUUAUCUUGCUUUCUGUCCCAGGUUCUGUUCCCAGUGAUUCGCUUUCCCUUUUGCUAGUCCUCUCGGUCACCCUUUCGUCCCCUCUUCUUGCGAUUAACAUCCUCCUUCGCUCUCCCAUCCCAAUUCCAACCGGCUUGUUCGACGUUCACGCGAAGCCUCCCCCCGCCGCGGUGCUGCGUGCACCCUCUCCAGCAGAUACCUUGGCGACGUACACUCGUGAUUACAAACGUAGCGGCAGCGUCACCAUCGUGGAGGGCCGUCGUAGCGGAGAUGUGUGGAUUUCGCAAGGAGAUGCCAUCGAUGGUAAGGGGAAGGUUGGUCGGGCUCUUGGCCUCAUGUCCCCCGUGCCUAGGCUCGCUGUUCUUCCUAUCGACGACGAGAAAGACGAGGGCGAGCGUACGCCCCCGUUACCUCUUCAGGAGGAACCUUCGUUCCCCUCCACCCUUCCCCUGACUCCUGCGUCGACCAACAGUGCAGAGCUCGGCCGCUCAAGGAAGGAAUCAAAAUCGUCGUCUCACCUCUCAACAGGUGAAGAAGCAUUUGCGUCGAGGAUCAUGAUCGCCCAAAGGCACUAUUCCGCACUUGCUACAACAGUCGUCGUCCCGGCAUCGCCUGACAAACAAGAAGAACUCGCAGAUGGUGUGGUGUCGGUUGCAACGGGUGUGGCCGUCGAGUCCGCAGCUGCACCAGGAGCAGCGUCUCAUCUUCGCUCGCGGUCUGUAUCUUCCGUGAUCGGUCAAGCUAUCACAACGGAGGAUUUAGAUAUCAGCCCCCCGCCUUCCGACCCACUACCUCCAACGCCCCCGAACAUUCGCAAUGCUAAACUCGCCAAACAGUUGAUGCACAAGAAGUCAUAUUCUUCUGGAUUUUCUUUGGGUGCCGUGGGCAGCGAGGACAUGAAGGAGAUCGAUGCGCUUACGGCAGGUGUACUCCCACUUCUAGUUCCUGGUCUUAAAGUCGGCGAAGACAUGAAAAUCAAGGAUUGGGAAUUCUCGCCUCCGCUCAGCAGCACCGUCGCCAAGAAAUCUCGCCGUGCCCCGAAGGGAUCUCAUGGCUCGGACUUUGGUGUGUUAGCGCGGGAAGAAUUUUCGUCACCUCAGCUGCACUCUACGCCUGCACAGGAACGUCGCAGAGGGAGGAAAGUCUCUGCUCACCGCAGAAAUCACUUCAGCCUUCCCAGUCUCGGCCUCGGCAAGGAUGCUCUGCAAGCAUGGAAAUCGGAAGUUAAUCACGCCUUGGCGACCAAAAUUCACCAGUAUUCGACGUUGCCAGUGAACGACGCCGCGCGGAGGAACACUGUCUGGGGUGACGAGUCUGUUCCCAACCUCAUAGCUCGCCCUCGCGUCGGAGAGGACCAGCUCCAAGUCCCUACUGGUGCCUCCCUUGGUCGUUCGCUGUCCACUCGCACUCUCGGUCUUCGUCCCGAAGUCCCCCACGGCGUAGACAGUGCGCGCACGUCCGUGAUUACGCUGACAUCUGAUAGAGUCGUUCCCCCAUCUGCGGCAUCCACCGUAACGCUGUUCGAACCAGAGAGUACCUUCGACCCCGACGCCCAAAGUACGCCAUACGAUACUCAGAAAGGCUAUCCCUACACCAGAAAAUACCAAGCUGCAGUGAUGCCGCGAUCCAACUCCCGUCGCUCAAGUAUUGUAUAUAUCAAGUCUUCUGACGAUGAAUAUACCCGUCCCGAAUCCGUCACUGCGUUGACGACGAAUUCCAACGACGUACCAAGUUCAGAACCUGCUCCUCCAGUGUCCACCCGGGCGGUGAGACCUUUGGUACCCAAGUCGAGCACCAAUAGUAAGCUGCAGCGCAAGACAACGACAUCCUCCUCCGAAACGAACUCCCCUGGUGGGGGACUUCGACCGCUAUCUCUGCUCAAGGACCGCGAUCAGAACACUACGACCAAGGAUGCAGGUGAAUCCAAGGUCGGCGCCUCUGGCACACGUCCCCUUCUUCUUGGAAAGAAGAGGUCAAAGGCGAAGGUAGCGCAGGAUGCAGACAGCGAGAAUGUCAACCCUGUCAGUUCCGGUAACAACAAACAUCUGAAGCCGCUUCAGCUGCAUCGCUCGGAAUCGAGUAGGAUACGAGGUUUGCUUCGCAAGGCCGAAGCAGUACCGACGGUGGUCGUGCGGCCGCCUUCGGACCAAUUGGGUACGCUCUACGAAUAUCGUUAAACACGGACAACAAUUCUUUUCGUCGUCUUUUUCUUUUUCUUUUUCAACUUAUUUUCACUUAGAUUUUCUACUUCGACAGUCUUUUUGCUGGUCGAUCAAUGCUUUCCUCGCUUUCGUAGUUUACCUCCAGGCUCUCGCACUCUUGCUUUUUUAACAGCUUGACUCGCUUUCUUGCUGGUUUAUGCCACGCGCUCUUCUACGCUCAGAAAACUUACCACCCGUGUACCCCUGUGCAUCGACCUGCUCUAUCCCCCACAUGCCUUGUAGCUAACUAUGCUUUGUUUCUCUCACCAUAUGCAGUAUACCGUCGAAAUGAAAUCCGUUUGUAAACUGUCUCACCCUUGUGUGCGCCUGCAGGGUUUCUCCA